CCUUUCGGACCUAUUCGCAGCUGCGAUAUUCGGAAACAGUGUAUGUGCAGUUGCGGCAGGGUUCUGCGCGCAGUGGGUGACUGAACUCAGCGGUGAAUUCACUGUCUGGAAAACGGUAGGCAGUGACCCAGUCUCGGGAGGGAAGACGACGUCCAGUAUAAGUACUAGUCAAAAUGGUUAUCUAGAGCCAGUGCCAGUAGGAGGAACUGGAGUAGCUGCAGGGAUGAAGCUGGUCACGAAUAAUGUGAGUGUGAUUCAGCCACCACCCGCAUAUGACCACUGGAUACCGGGAACGAACUUUAUCGUGUAUGCAGGAAAGUUUCUCGGACCUUUCGACCUUGCUGCUGUUGUCCUGCUGUGCUGUGGACUCUAUAUUCAACUGCACUGGCGCGAGAACUUCGGCUAUGGUGCGACAGUUGAGGGACAAGACUCGUCAGCGGGCGUGGAAGAUCAUCAGAAAGACCCAUCGAUGGAAGGACGACUUGAAGGGGAGGCACAUGACGACCAUGAUAUGGUUAUGGACAUGGAGCAGUACAUCAGUAAAAUUGGAAAACUACAACUUGCUACCACCGCGCUUGAAGCAGAUGAGGGCGUCCCGGACGUGGUACUCACAACUGCGAACGCACCAGGAGGUACCUCGUUCAGUACUGGGAACUUUGCGGGUCCCUACGACGACCAACAAGGGAGUACACCGGUUUCUGAAAGGAAACCGAACGUCAUUCUCUCUCCCAGUGAGACCGUUCUCACGGCUCUAGGAAUACCCUCUUCACCCCUAGACGCGAGCGCGCAAACCAGAAAAGAUUCGCAAGGUCGGGG